AUGUCUACCAACACCCUAGACACGACUGAGAAAGGACGGGUUACCCCGAACCAGCCUCGCGACCCAAAGACACCACUCCGGGUUGGCGAUAUCGUCGCCAAUUUAAAAGACCCGGUAGCCGAUUUCACGGUCCUUAACGCAGACGUCUGGGUCCCUAUACCAGAGAAAAACAUUCGCACAAUCAUCCAAGACGAAUUUUACCCAAAGCUCAGAAAUCCUAAAGAGGCCAAGGUCGUUCAUUUCGCCAGAAUUAGGGGCCUGGAAGUCCAGAAUAUCGAUGGCAUACCUAAAAGCGAGUUGAAAAUACUUGAGACCCAAGUCCUCAGUCGUCCAAAUGGGUACCUCGAUAACAGCGUGAAUCUGGAGCCAGUCAGAGCUUGGAGGGAGAACAACGACGAUUGCUCCUUGUGUCUCAUCACAGGCCUCAAGACGAUUCGAGAACCUCCACCUUCAGCCACAAUCGCUGGAUCUAUCAAACUGGAAGAAGAAGACUUUGGCGAGAUCGACUCGGUUCCCGAUCAGGCAAAAACUGGCAACCAAGGGCAGUGUGCUGCUGAAUAUGAGUUGGAGCACGUUGACUCCUCUGACCGUCUCCUUGCGUACCGAUUUUCGACAAUAAAUCAGAAGCGGAAUAAGAAGUCAAUGGUAGAGGAGGAAGACAAUUGUCCACAAAGGCAAAUUGGGCUUGUCGAGCGUCAACAGACCUCUGGCGAAGACCGUCCCUCAUUUUUCGUUAGCCUCCCGAUGUGGGUUAUCUUCAGAAGGGCUCAGGUCUCAACUUAG